CAAUCACGUAUGCUGUUGCGCCUCCCUAUCUGCUGAUAUAUUUGGUACUGCAGGAGUACCUUAAUCUCCUCACACACAACACAACACAACAACACAAAGCAAGCGCGCCGAUCGAUCUCUCUCACCAAAUUAACAUCGAUGUCGUCGCUCCAGAUAUACCUGCAGCUGGCGUGGCUGCUGAUCUUGUCGGCGCUGCUGCUGGCCGGCACCGGAAUAAUGGCCGGCGGGUCGUCGUCGGCCGCCAAGAAGAAGAAGGUUCCGGCGAUCAUCGUGUUCGGCGACUCGUCGGUGGACACGGGCAACAACAACUUCAUCCCGACCGUGGCGCGGAGCAACUUCUGGCCGUACGGCCGGGACUUCGGCCCAGCAGGCGCCGGCGGGCUCCCCACGGGCCGCUUCUCCAACGGCCGCCUGGCCACGGACUUCAUCUCCGAGGCCUUCGGCCUGCCCGCCACGAUCCCGGCCUACCUCGACACCAGCCUCACCAUCGACGACCUCGCCACGGGGGUCUCCUUCGCGUCCGCCGCCACGGGGCUCGACAACGCCACGGCCGGCGUCCUCUCCGUGAUCACCAUCGCCCAGCAGCUGCGCUACUUCAAGGAGUACAAGGAACGGCUCAGGCUCUCAAAAUUAGGCGAGGCGGGAGCGGAGGAGAUCGUGUCCGGGGCGCUCUACGUCUGGAGCGUCGGCACCAACGACUUCAUCGAGAACUACUACGCCAUGCCGGGCCGGAGGGCGCAGGACGGCACGGUGGGGGAGUACGAGAAGUACUUGCUGGGACUCGCCGAGGCGGCCAUCCGGGAGGUGCACGCGCUGGGGGGCAGGAAGAUGGACUUCACGGGGCUCACGCCCAUGGGGUGCCUCCCCGCGGAGCGCGUCGGGAACCGGGACGACCCCGGGGAGUGCAACGAGGAGUACAACGCCGUCGCGAAGAGCUUCAACGGACACCUCCGGGACACGGUUGUUCCCAGGCUCAACAAGGAGCUCCCCGGACUGCGCCUCGUCUACGCCGACACUUACGACCUCCUCGACGCCGUCGUACGCAACCCCGCCGACUACGGUUUCGAGAACGCUGUGCAAGGAUGCUGCGGGACAGGUCUUUUCGAGGCCGGCUACUUUUGCAGCCUGAGCACCUCGUUUCUGUGCACAAACGCAAACAAGUACGUCUUCUUCGACGCCAUCCAUCCGACGGAGAGGAUGUACAACAUCAUUGCCGAUACAGUCAUGAACACCACGUUGCAUGUCUUCCUCUGAAUCUAGCUAGUUUUUCUAAGUUGAAGUGUGGGACAAACAUAAUCGAGGGACGCCCUGAAUGUAUAUAUGUACUAUGAAAAAGAGACAUAACGUUGUUUAUCACGUUACCCACAUCGGUCUAGCAUAUAUUGCUGCCAUUAAAAGAGAGGAAAUUUACUUGGAAAAAUAUGCAAGAUAAUCCUUUGUUGUAAAAGCUUGAUUGUUGUUUUACCUCUCAUAACUGGGGCCCUCUUAUGAUGACAAGACGAGGAGUGAAUAGAAGAUUACAAAAAUUUGCAGCUUAAA